AUGUCGGGCAACGACGACCGUGGCGAGCAGUCUGACCUUGGUCCCAACACUCCGUAUCCCCCUGGCGCGUCGGCGCAGUACCCUCACCCUCAGACCUCGUACGCUUACCCUCCCAACAACGACUAUCCUCCUCUACCCGAUCAUGACCUGGGUCUCUCUGGUCAGGGCUACUCUCAGCCGCUGCAGCACAACCUCGCUGCGCAACUGCAAGAUGCCGCUCAGAGUGCGUCGGCCAGAAAUGGCGAAGGUAUGCGCGUGAACACCAAUGGCACUGGUCUCGCGGGCAUGGCUCCUCCGCAACCCCAAGGCGCGCCAGCCUUCUCGCCUGGCGGACCACGCUCUAGCGUAGACGAGACUCCCGACAGCGGUACUCCCGGCGAUCCCAAGAGUAAGAGAGGGAAGGCUUCACAGGCUUGCGACGAGUGCCGGCGCAAAAAGACCAAGUGCAUCACCACGAUUGAUGAGCAUGGCGUGCCGACAACCUGCACUAGCUGCGCUAAGGCCAAUCUCGACUGUCAGUACAGCCGUCAGCCACUGAAGAGAGGACCAAACAAGGGAUACAUCAAGGACCUUGCAGACCGUGUUCAGCAAGUUGAGAGCUUGUUGCCUGUCUAUCGUCAAUCGUUCGACGGUGAUAUGUUUGGUGGUAGCGGCGACGAGCCUAUGUCCGGCCGGCGAAACUAUUCCCUCCCCGGUGGACGCGCUUCUUUCUCCGGCCCUGACUUUGGUCGAGAGCGACUCGAAAGUCUUGGCGCCUUCAACAAUCCCAUGGCAACCUCGACACCUCGUGCACGAGAUCGCUUCAGCAUCGCCGUUCCACCAGAUCAAACCGUCACAGUCGACACCACCAACUACUACGACGAGAUGGAUCCCCGUCCGGCGAAGCGUUUGAAGAUGGAAUCCGAGAAGCUUCCUUAUCUUCCACCUCUUUCAGUUCAGUCUUCCGAUUUCUCUAAGUACUACGAGACGAUCCACCCUCAGUUCCCUAUCCUUCCCGAUGCUAGUGAGACUACUCUCCUGGUGGUCAUGAACGCUAGUAUUGACCUGCAGCACGCUAUCAUCGCCGCCAUCAACGUUUUGCCUACUGCUGCACCAUCGCAAGAGAACGGCCCUACCACGACUCAAGCACUGCAGUCCGCUAUCCCAGAUAUGAAAGAGAUGAUGGAGCGUUUGGGCGACAUCUUCGAAGAUCAGCUCGUCUCAACUCCCAACGCUCUUGUCUAUGUCUGGGUCACAUCUCUCCUCGUCAUCCACAACGAGUACGCCGUCGACAUGUUCUACAACGCUGGCCCGCUUGCGAGCCACGCGCUUGUCCGCAAGUAUGAGACCGUUCUCGAGCGGUUGAGAGAUCCCAAGCAGGUUGGCUCAUUGAUUACUGAAGACAAGAUGCAAGGUCUCGACACUGACAUGCUGCAAGAGAUGGCCGCGCGUACCCGCUGCAUGGCUCUGCUGCAGAACAAACUCACACUCAUGGCGUCGGGUCGUACCAAUCCUCUCGAUAAGUACGUCUGGGUUACCAACGAGGACAUUGGUGCAGCCGCUUCCCUCUCCGAGUCUGCCAAGUUCAUGGCCUACAUCACCAAGUCCCUGGCAUGGGCCAUCAAUCUUCAACACAACCGCGUGUGGGAUCAUCCAGUGGGAUUGGAUCUCAAGGAUGCCAUGAGUGAGCAGCUUGAACAUACCGCUCUUCGCACUCAUACCGACGUUACAAGCCCUCUGUUCCAACAGGUCGAAGAGUACCUCAAGACCUACACCGCGCGCACUACAGAACAGCCUAAUACCCUUGCUUGCCUGUUCCCCGCUGCCAAACUCGCCGAGAAGCUGGGCAACACCCCUCAGACCUACAGCCCUCUCGACAUCCACCUCUUCAGCAUCUGCGUCUUCACCUUCCUCGAGUGCCUCGCACUGCCUGCCGGCCCAAGAAACGACUUCGCAGCUCCUGUUGCGCAAUCUGGUCUCAACUCUAUCCGCCCAUUGCUACAGCAGAGGGCUGCGGCUGCAGCUGCUUCGCGCUCUCCGGCCGACAAGGUCUUCUGGGGCACCAUUGAUGGCAAGGAGGUUGUCAAGAAGAGCUGGAUGGAGGCGCUCCUAACUCACAUUGACAUUUGCGAGGCGCGUAGCUUUGUCAAUGAGAACACCGCGAAGUAUGGCGAGCGACUCCAGGAUGUGACCGGUAACUUUGGUCAGCUUCUCGACUACGGCUAUCUCACUGUGCUGGGCUUCUACUCCACCAUCGUGGCGAGAGCGGAGAUGGAGGGUGAGGUCGCACCCGCGGCUUAG